CCAUCCUAACCAUCACGAUACCACUAAUUUAUGGUGACUUGUUAUAGUUUAUGGUGCGGAUUAUUUGCAGUUCAGAAAACGAUGCACAAUUUGAUUUUUCUUGUCGCUGUUUGGAAAUUGUUGAGUUUUCUACAUUGCGUCGGAGCUGAAGAGAAUUCGUAUGCUUUUGAAUACGUAAUUAAUUCUGGAGGAGUUUUGAGCCAGCAAACCGAACACGGACACAACGACAUUGUAGCUGGCUACUACAGUUUUCUUCAACCAGAUGGGAAAAUUCGGGUUGUUCGAUACAAAGCUGAUCCGGAACGGGGAUUUAGAGUUUAUGUGAAAUACCGCAGAUUGUCUCAAGCUGUUCUGGGGCCAUUGAGAUUUCCUAAAGACUUCCAACAUCCAGUGGUUUUUGCAAAACCUGCUGUUGUUCUACCGACUCAUCUUGGAACUCGGGGUUACAAGCAGAAACAUUUUUACAAAUGAAGACUGAUU